AUGCCUCCACAAGUUCGCCCCCUUAGUGACGGUAGCGUCAAGCCAUUCUUUCUUUGGUGCAUGCAUUGCCAAAGACUCUGCGCUGGAAGGUACAAGAGGGAAACUGAUCGUCCAUUCGAAAUCAACUGUUACUUCGGUGGCAAAGGGUCCAUCCUUUGUCACCAAUGCUCGCACGAUAGCACAGCUUGUGAUUCAGUGGCACUGGGUAUGUUAGGGAAUGGAUGGGAUUACUCCCAAAUUCUUGAAUGGGCUACUGGCUUUUGGGACACGCGUAAGGGAAACGAAGAUGAGUACAAGUGGCCAGAGCGUGUUCGCUCAAGUGUUGUCAGUGCUCUGAGUGAACUAAACAGCGCGUUCAACAAGACUGAAGAGACUCACCGGCGUGAACAUACCUUGACAGACGAGAAUCAUGAUGCUAUGGUGGCUUACCGCACUUAUGUCGAAAAGCGCCGCCGACUGCUCGUCCAGCUCCACGUUCCCGACGAGGAUGAGUCGGAGGAGGAUUGGGAGAGUUAUUGGUCAUCGAGGCUCUUGCGUCUCUUGCCUGGCGACUCUGGGUAUGUGCUAUGGAUGGUGGCACUUCGGGCCUUUAGGGGGGCAAUUGAAGAUGCUAUCACCAGCUGCGCUGUCCGUGGUUCAGACGACGUUAAAAAAUGCUGGAUGGCGGAUGAUAUUCUGGAGUCGUUCCCAGUGGAGUGCGAGAAGAUUUAA